ACGGGACGCGGUGUGCCUCGCGCUGCACGACCACGGCAGGAUGGCGGGAGGACGGCGGGGUCUCGUGGCCCCUCAGAACACGUUCCUGGAGAACAUCGUUCGCCGGUCCAACGAUACCAACUUUGUGCUGGGCAACGCUCAGAUCGUCGACUGGCCGAUCGUCUACAGCAACGAUGGGUUUUGCAAGCUGUCUGGUUACCAUCGAGCAGAGGUCAUGCAGAAGAGCAGCACCUGCAGCUUCAUGUACGGCGAGCUGACAGACAAGGAGAUGAGUGAGAAGGUUCGACAGACCUUUGAAAACUACGAGAUGAACUCUUUCGAGAUUCUGAUGUACAAGAAAAACCGGAUGCCAGUUUGGUUUUUUGUAAAGAUUGCUCCAAUCAGAAAUGAGCAGGACAAAGUUGUCCUGUUCCUCUGCACCUUCAGUGACAUCACCGCCUUCAAGCAGCCAAUUGAGGAUGACUCUUCAAAAGGUUGGGGUAAAUUUGCCCGUCUGACUCGUGCGCUGACCAGCAGUCGAGGAGUUCUUCAGCAGCUGGCUCCGGCCGUCCACAAAGGAGAGAACGUCCACAAACAUUCCCGGCUGGCAGAGGUUCUCCAACUGGGUUCAGACAUCUUGCCUCAGUACAAACAGGAAACUCCGAAGACACCACCGCACAUCAUUCUGCAUUACUGCCUCUUCAAGACCACAUGGGACUGGGUCAUCCUCAUCCUCACCUUCUACACCGCCAUCAUGGUGCCCUACAACGUGUCCUUCAAAACCAAACAGAACAAUGUCACCUGGCUGGUCGUGGACAGCAUUGUGGAUGUCAUCUUCCUCGUCGACAUCGUCCUUAACUUCCAUACCACCUUCGUGGGUCCAGCCGGAGAGGUGAUCUCUGACCCAAAACUCAUUCGCAUGAACUACGUGAAGACCUGGUUCGUCAUCGACCUGCUGUCCUGCCUGCCUUAUGAUGUCAUCAAUGCCUUUGAGAAUGUCGAUGAGGGAAUCAGCAGCCUCUUCAGCUCUCUCAAAGUGGUCCGUCUGCUGCGUUUGGGUCGGGUUGCCAGAAAGCUGGACCACUACAUAGAAUACGGUGCCGCUGUACUGGUUUUACUGGUGUGUGUUUUUGGCCUGGCGGCCCAUUGGCUGGCCUGUAUCUGGUACAGCAUUGGAGACUACGAGGUGAUCGACGAGGACACCAACAGUGUGAGACUGGACAGCUGGUUGUACCUACUGGGAGAGACGGUGGGGACGCCAUACAGAUUCAACGCCUCAGGCUCGGGCCGCUGGGAGGGCGGACCCAGCAAAGACUCGGUCUACAUCACCUCGCUGUACUUCACCAUGACCAGUCUGACGAGCAUCGGCUUCGGAAACAUCGCACCAAACACGGAUGGAGAGAAGAUCUUUGCCGUGGCCAUGAUGAUGAUCGGAUCGCUGCUGUAUGCCACCAUCUUCGGUAACGUCACCACCAUCUUCCAGCAAAUGUACGCCAACACCAACCGCUACCAUGAGAUGCUCAACAGUGUGCGAGACUUCCUGAAACUCUACCAGGUCCCCAAAGGCCUCAGUGAGCGGGUGAUGGAUUACAUCGUGUCCACUUGGUCCAUGUCCAGAGGCAUCGACACUGACAAGGUGCUGCAGAUUUGUCCCAAGGACAUGCGAGCAGACAUCUGUGUGCACCUGAACAGGAAGGUGUUUAAAGAACACCCUGCGUUUCGCCUGGCCAGUGAUGGCUGCCUGCGUGCCCUCGCAAUGGAGUUCCAGACCAUCCACAGCGCACCAGGAGACCUCAUCUACCACGCCGGAGAGAGUGUGGACAGCCUGUGCUUCGUAGUUUCUGGAUCGCUGGAGGUUAUCCAGGAUGAUGAGGUGGUGGCCAUUUUAGGUAAAGGUGACGUGUUUGGUGACGUGUUCUGGAAGGAGAUGACGUUGGCUCAGUCCUGCGCUAACGUCCGAGCUCUGACCUACUGCGACCUCCACAUCAUCAAACGGGACGCGCUGCAGAAAGUGCUCGAGUUUUACUCCAACUUUGCAAACCACUUUUCCAGAAACUUGGUGCUCACCUACAACCUGAGGAAGAGGAUCGUCUUCCGGAAGAUCAGUGAUGUGAAACGUGAGGAGGAAGAGAUGCUGAAGAGGAAGAAUGAGGCUCCUCUGAACCUCCCUCCAGACCAUCCAGUCCGCCGACUCUUCCAGCGUUUCAGGCAGCAGAAGGAGGCCCGGCUCGCCGCUGAGCGGGUUGGUCAGGAAACCAGUGAUGUGGAGAAAGGUGUUGCUCACCUGGAGCCAGCCAGAGGUCCAGAGAUCCUGGCCUCCACCAGUAUUGUAAUGGUGACUGAGAGCCCAGCCACACCCACCACAUCUUCCAUUGCAUCCUCUUCAUGUAAGACCUCCAGCCGGGUCAUGCUGCACACUCCCAUCACGCAAAACGGCAACUUAACGGGCUGCAAGUCCGCAGAGCCACCUAAAGCUAAAGGCUGGGGACGAUUCAAGGAGUCUGUAGUGAAGGCUGACUCAUGGAGCAGCGUCUCCAAGGCUGAGUCCAUGGAAACGCUGCCUGACAGAACUAAGUCUCAUGAUGAGAUGUCCCUCAAGAAAACCGACUCUUGUGACAGCGGCAUCACAAAGAGUGACCUCCGCUUGGACAAUGUUGGAGAAGCAAGAACCCCACAGGAGAGGAGUCCAGUCCAGUCUGAUGAGAAGAGGGCAUUCUGUCCAAUACCAGAGCAGAGCAUGCAAGCCUCUUUCCUCGAACUGAAGCAAGAAUUAAGAGGAGACAUCAGAUCUCUGAACCGUCGCAUGGAGGCUCUGGAGACUCAGCUGGCAGAGAUGCUUCGACUUCUCAAAUCCAGGAAGUCGUCUGGCUCCUUUUUCGAGAUAUCACGGCCUCCCUCCCCUGACUCCGAUAAGGACAGUAUCUCCUAAAGCAGGCAUGGAGUGUGUCUGCACCGACGG